AUGGUGUACUACUACAAGUCGGCCGUGGUGGAACCGGCCGGCUUCAUCUACGUCGGCAAGGACAAGUUUGAGAACGAGGAUCUCAUCAAGUUUGGCUGGGAGCAGGAUCUCUGGUGCGUUUCACCUCCCCCGUCCCACAAGCUGUCCAGCGCGCACAUCUACCUCCGGAUGAGCGACGGCCAGAAAUGGGACGCGCUUCCCGAGGAGCUCAUCACGGACCUCGCCCAGCUCACCAAGGCCAACUCCAUCGAGGGCAACAAAAAAGACAACAUCACCAUCAUCUACACGCCAUGGUCCAACCUCAAAAAGGACGGCUCUAUGGACGUCGGCCAGGUCUCGUUCAAGAACCCGCGCCUCGUCAAGCGCGUUCUCGUCGCCGAGCGCGAGAACCCCAUCGUCAACCGCCUCAACAAGACCCGCACCGAAGUCAAGCAGCCCGACCUGAAGCAGGAAAAGGACGACCACGACAAGGAGCUGCGUCGCAAAGCCAACGCCGCUCUGCAGAUCAAGCAAAAGGAAGAGGCAAGACAGGCGCAGGAGUGGAAGGAGAAGAAAUGGCAAAAGGACCAUGCGUACGAUGACUUGUUCACAGAGGAGAACAUGGACAUGCAGAGUAACCAGAACCGGGAUGCGGACUGGGAAGACGACUUUAUGUAG